CCUGUCCUUGUAUAACUGUGAGAGCAUAAUGGUGGCAUUUAAAGGGAUCUGGACCAAGGACUUCUGGAGGGCUGUGUCUGGAGAGUACCUUGCCACUCUAAUCUUUGUUCUGCUCAGCCUGGGCUCUACCAUCAACUGGGCUGCAGGCGAGGAGAAGCCUCCCCCUGCUGAUCUGGUCCUCAUCUCCCUGUGCUUUGGCCUGAGCAUUGCCACCAUGGUGCAGUGUUUUGGUCACAUCAGCGGUGGACACAUAAACCCAGCAGUCACUGCAGCUAUGGUUGUAACAAGGAAACUGAGCCUAGCUAAGUCAAUGUUUUAUGUGAUGGCUCAGUGCCUUGGGGCUGUUACAGGAGCUGGGAUCCUCUACCUUCUCACACCUGCUGCUGUUAGAGGGGGCCUCGGUGUCACCCAGGUGAAUUCUCAGAUCUCUGUUGGACACGCCCUUGUGAUCGAGCUCCUUAUAACAUUUGAACUUGUCUUCACUGUCUUCGCCACCUGUGAUCCCAAACGCACAGACCUGGGUGGUUCUGCCGGUCUGGCCAUCGGCUUUGCUGUAUCCAUUGGUCACCUGUUUGCAAUCCCUUACACAGGAGCCAGCAUGAACCCUGCUCGUUCCUUUGGGCCUGCAAUGAUCAUGCUUAACUUUGAGAACCACUGGGUGUAUUGGGUGGGACCCAUCCUGGGAGGCAUCCUCGCUGCUGGACUGUAUGAGUACCUGUACUGUCCCGACCCUGAGAUCAAGAAGAAGCUGAAACAGGUCUUCCAGAAAGACUCGUCGGGGAAAUACAAGGAAGUGGAGACCAGCGUGUAUCUGGGAGAGCCGGAGGACAUCGCCAUCAAGUCGGGCUCCAUCCAUGCUAUUGAGGUGGAAAAAUCGGAGAAAAAAGAUCCAUUCCGGGACUCGACGGGAGAGGUGCUGUCCUCUGUAUGACUAUC